AUGACAACAUACGGCACCAAUCCGACUUCGGCUAAAGACUUAGCCCCAAAACUCGAGUACAUCACACGCGCCAAUGACCACAACUACGUAAGACCUGGCCUCGCCACACGCCGCCCAUGGAAGCAAAUGCUCGACUUCCACUCUUUCGACUUCCCGCGCAAGAUAGCCACCGUGCUGACUAGGAUCAGAGCCAACACAGUCUAUUUCCAAACCAACUACACAAUCAUUGUCCUCUUCUCCGUAUUCCUCAGCCUGGUUUGGAAUCCCUUCUCACUCUUGAUCCUAGUCGCUCUAAUCGGCGCGUGGCUAUUCCUCUACUUCCUCCGUGAUGAACCGCUAGCUGUAUUCGACCACGAGAUCGACCACCGUAUAGUCCUUAUCCUCAUGUCCGUUCUUACUCUCUCGAUCCUUUUUUUAACCAAUGCUAAGCUCAAUAUCGCGGUGGCAGUUGUGGCCACUGCAGUGGCUGUGUUGGCCCACGCAGCUGUUAGGAAAACCGAAGAUAUGUACCAAAACGGCGAAGAAACGAGUCGUUUAAUUCCAUAG